UGACAACACGCAGACACAACUUGUGAUCAUGAUUUGAGUCGACGAGCGACGGACUAUACACACCGGGAGCAUGGCCACCAUUGUCUUCUGCUCAGUAAACAAAACGGCUCAGACCUCCGCGAGACGAUGUUUGAUGCCACAUAUGAAGAGGCUCUCUGGUGCUGGAGAGUCACGUUUGCUGUCUACCUGCAUUCACGGCAACUCAGUGGCUUUCCUUCCGGGUACAAGAUGGUUUUCCAGAGGCUCCAGCGUGCGCUUCAUGUCCCGAGGGACUGCAGGCAGAUCUGCAAGCGGGGGAACCAGAAGGGGAGCCCUGGCGCUCAGUGCAGCCGCAGCAGUGACCGCAGCAGCGGCAGUCGCGGGGUUUUUAGCUAACGCCAACCACUUCCAGCGUGCUGAAAUGGCUACGAAGGUAUCCCACGCCGCGGAGGAGAGCGAGCCCGAUGGGGACAUCUUGGAGAGAUGCCGGGGGUUCAUGUCUCUUCCGGUGACCGACGUCGGUGUGCUGGAGGAGAGGAAAGAGGAGAUGCGUACAAGGAUGGAAAUGCUGAUCAUGGAGACGCAGGCCGACUUCUGCAACGCGCUGCAGGAGGUGGACGGCGGGACGUUCAAGGUGGACCGGUGGCAGAGAAAGGAAGGUGGCGGAGGAAUCAGCUGUGUGAUGCAAGAUGGAAAGUUGUUUGAGAAGGCAGGAGUCAAUGUGUCAGUGGUGUUUGGAAACCUGACCGAGGAGGCUGCCAGGCAGAUGAAGAGCAGAGGGAAAGUCCUCAAAGGGAAAGAUGGUAAGUUGCCAUUUUGUGCCAUGGGUGUGAGCUCCGUCAUCCACCCUAAGAAUCCCCACAUCCCCACAGUGCACUUCAACUACAGAUACUUUGAGAUCGAAGAGGAAGAUGGCACUAAGCAGUGGUGGUUUGGUGGAGGCACAGACCUCACUCCGGUGUAUGUUAAUAAAGAAGAUGCCUUUCACUUCCACAACACCCUGAAGGAGGCCUGUGACAAGCACCACCCGCAGUACUACCCCGACUUUAAGAAAUGGUGUGACCGAUACUUCUACGUCCAGCACAGAGGAGAGACUCGGGGUAUAGGAGGCAUCUUCUUCGAUGACCUGGACUCCCCCAGUCAGGAGGAAGCGUUCAACUUCGUCAAGAGCUGCUCCCGCACUGUUGUGCCCUGUUACCUGCCCAUUGUCUACAAACGCCUCAACGACUCCUUCACUGACAAGGAGAAGGACUGGCAGCAGGUACGGCGAGGAAGAUAUGUGGAGUUCAACCUGGUGUAUGACCGAGGAGUGAAGUUUGGCUUGGCUACGCCUGGCUCCAGAAUUGAAAGCAUUCUCAUGUCCCUCCCCCUCACUGCCAGGUGGGAGUACAUGCAUGAGCCUGCCAACGGUACCCUGGAGGCUGAGAUGCUGGAGGUUUUACGAAACCCCAAGGAGUGGGUGUAACCACAAGGUUCAAAUGGACAAAACCUCCAGGAAAUUGUCCUUGUUGUAUUUUUAUAAUUGUUUGACUAGUUCAGCAGCAGAACUGUUUACCAAUAUAAUAUUAAAAUGCCUUUGCUUGAUAAGUUUUUUUAAUCUGCAAUGGUACUUUUCUCUCUUCCCAGUCAUCCUUGAUAACACUUAAUCACAUUGGGACUGCAUUACCACUCGUGGUACCACGUGGUAAUGGUACCUGCUUUAAGGUCAUCUCACACUUAUUUGCUUCUUUAAGAAGUUUGUGUGUUAAACAUGAGCUGUAAUUAGUUGUUCUAUACCUGUGCUCAAUGUGGCUUGCUCUGCUUGAAGCUCUGGAGAUCUCCUCUCCUCAAACAAAGCGCUUGGAAGGGAAAGUAUUGGGGAACUGAGCUGCUGAGCAUACACGUGAGCCACCACUGGUAUUACAUUUUGAUACAUCUUCUUUUUUUUUGACAAUCAAAGCUAAAUAAUAACAGACUAGUAAUGCACUGCUCCCUCUUGAGCCCCAUUCACUUUGUUAUUCUCUUUUUGAUGUCGAGGCACCUCAUUUGUUUGAGCAGAAGUAAGCCGAUAGCUGGAUGAUGGAGCAUGUUCCACAGCGAGGUCGGAAGUGAGUCAUAGCUAGUGUGGCUCAUUGAGGAGAUUUGAAUGUAAAUGGAUUUCGAAAUGUAAAAAUAAUGUAUAGCUUUCAAUUAUAAUAAAGUUGGUUCUGUUACCUUUUGAUUCUA